CACCACGGUCUUAGAAGAUAUCUUCUAAGACCGUGGUAGACACGGACAACGGACUGAGAAUUGUCUGAGAUAAAAUAUAAUCGGCGUUAGUUUAUAAAUCAUAAUAUUUACUCGACAAAUUUACUUGGCUGUGCUCCAUAAUUUCCAGACUUUGAUGUACCUACCUCGUUCAAAUUCAGCAGAUAUUCCAAUGCUGUAUACCUACAUUUAAACUACGUUUUCACUAGAAAAACAAUAUUAGCUGUUUAAGAGAUCUAAAACCCGGACUUCAUAUACCAAUUACAAUGCAAAAUAAAAAGCAAAAAACAGAAUCCGGAAGAUGUGAAAACUAUGCAAAAUACGAGUAUAAUAAAUCGUCUUAUGAACAGACAUAUGAUGUGUUUCAAUCAUUACGCCAAGAUGGGUUAUUAUGUGAUAUUAAACUAAAAGCAGACGAUAACAAAAUAAUAAUCGCACAUAAAGUAGUCUUAGCAUCGGCAAGUCCAUAUUUCUAUGCAAUGUUCACAAAAUUUUCAGAACGGAAUCAUGAUCUUGUCGUAAUUAGACAGAUAGAUUCAACCGCUUUACAUCUGUUGAUAAACUUUAUUUAUUCUGGGAAAAUUAUGGUCACUAAAGAUAAUGUGCAGAUUUUACUUCCAGCUGCAAAUCUCUUGAGGUUAGAAGAAGUAACAGAGACGUGUUGUGAAUUUUUACAUUCACAACUGUGUCCCACAAAUUGUAUCGGUAUAUACACAAUAGCUGAUUUACACAGCCGUACGAAAUUGUUAACAAGCUCAGAAUUAUAUAUUCAACAACACUUUUCAGAAGUUGUUGGUGGUGAUGAAUUCCUAUCUUUAUCAUCGGAACAAAUGGUUAAAUUUAUCUCCAGUGAUAAACUUAUAGUUUCAUCUGAAGAAAAAGUAUUUGAAUGUGUAAUUCGUUGGGUAAAACAUGAAUUGGGUUCAAGAAAAUGUGUUUUACUCCAAUUAAUGGAACACGUUCGUUUACCAUUAACAUCGAAGAAUUACAUAUUAAAAAAAGUAGUUGAGGAACCUCUUAUUAAGAAUUGUUAUGAAUGUAAAGAUUACAUAAAUGAGGCAAUCAAUUUUCAUUUAUUCAAUGCAAAGCUUAUUCCACGAACCAUCCGACAUAAGCCUAGAUAUGGAGAUAAAGUUUUAUUAGAUAUUGGUGGAAUUGAACCUACGUGUACACAGUGGUACGACCCAAAAAUAAACCAAUGGCAUUUUGGACCAGAAAUUAUUACGAGCCGUCACAGAGCUUGUGGAGCAGUAGUAAAAAAUAAUUUAGUGUUUGCUGUGGGUGGUAUGGAUAAUGGUCAUCGAGUUCUUCGGUCCGUUGAAGUGCUUGAUUUAUCUUUUGAAUCACCCGGUUGGAAACCAAGUGUUGAGAUGUUAGUUGAACGAAUGGAUUUUGGAGUUGGUGUUAUCAAUAAUUACCUAUAUGCUGUCGGUGGACGUAAUCAUAGUCAUUUUGCAUUAGAUAAUGCAGAAGUUUUUGACAACAAUACUCAAGAAUGGAGUACGAUAUGUAAUAUGUCUAUUACAAGAUCCUACGUUGGGGUUGGAGUUCUGAAUAAUCUUUUAUAUGCGGUAGGAGGUUUUAAUGAUGCAUUAUUGGAAAGUGUAGACACUGUUGAAUGUUAUCAUCCCAGUAUUGACAAAUGGAUAGAAGUCGCAAAAAUGUGUGAACAUCGCAGUAGUGCUGGUGUAGGAGUUUUAGACGGCGUGCUGUAUGCUGUAGGUGGUUUUGAUGGAAAUAAAUUCUUGAGUAGUGUUGAAGCAUAUAGACCAAGUACAGGUAUUUGGACACCUAUUGGGGACAUGCAGUUUCCUCGACAACCUGCAGGAGUAGUUGCAUUAGACGGCUUAUUGUACGUCGUCGGUGGAGAAGACGAAUGUAUUAAUUUUAAUACUGUAGAAUGUUACAACCCAAAAACUAAUACCUGGACCUUAGUCGCAUCAUUAAUGAAUACUAAGAAGCAUUCAAGAGGAGUAGUAGCCAUUAAUAGGACUGGAUUUUUUAAAGCUUGUUAGCAUUACAAAUUUUGUUUUGAUACAAUAUUAUAUAAGUGCUUGCUUAUAUUGUAUUAACAUAUUUUAAUUGAUUUUUUGGUUAUUCUUAAGUUUUUGAAAGUUUUAUUAAAUGUUUUCGUAUUAUUUUUGUCAUUAUAACGAAAAUUUACAAAUAAUGAUUUGUACCUAGCUAAAAAUGUAUUAGUAUGUUUAUUUGUAUUUAAAUUAUCUGUUGCUAAGAAAUAAACAUUUAAGUU